ACUACUAUAUCACCCGUCGUUUUGUCUUAGAAUGUCGCUUAUUUGUCGUGAAAAAGUGCCAUAUUCACGGUAAUACACACACAUGGCUUACUUUCUAUGCCAAUAAUACACAGAGUAGUUCAUGAGACGUAAUAUAUGUGUAGUAGAGCUACGCCGCGUCAAGCGGUGGAGCCGGCCGGCGACCAGUAGAAGCCUGUGAGCCCUUGCUCGGGACAGUCAGAUCACUCUCGCACCGGCAGUUGGUAGGGAAACUUGUCUCCUGGUGGUGGUAUACACGUUGCUGUUGGCACAGCCCUUCUGCCUCGACAACAAGAUCAUUUCCCGCUGUUGGUGAACGAUGACGUGGACCUUAAGGACCCUGGUAGUGGCGGCUUGUCUAAUAGCAGCUACCACUGCUCAAGAUUAUGACUACGGUCUGGAAGACCCGGAGACAAAGCUAUUAGUUGAUCCAGCAAUCAAAGAUUUCUUCAUCGUGCUCGCCGUAAAAGGUGUCAUUAUCGCUGGGAUUGUGAUUGGGCUAAUCGUCCUAUUCCGUACCUACGCUCUUGGCAUCGCCCAGAGGGUCGUCCCUGGAGUAGGGCUUCCCACAGAUGUUGAGAGGAUCGAUACCUUUGUGUUCGAUGACGAGGACUACACCGUCUCCGACUCGGACAGUUAUUAUGGCCAUCCAACCCUUCAAAGAUCCCUUCGGGCUGGCGGAUCCCUUCUAACUCGGGUUCUCGACAGCAUCGACCCAGUCGAGUCGACCUUCGCCAUGCUGCAAGUGGAGGAGGUCGCUUGUCGGAGGCGCACUGUGUGUGAGGUGCAGCGGGCCGCCUCCAGGAUGCCUCUCCUGGGCUCAGUGCUGCAGUACUUCAGCCCGUCUGUGACUGGUCUAGAGGAGUACAAGGAAGCUCAAGACGCCGGCGCUGCUCUAGAAGACUGUGCUCUUCUCUUCUCAGAGUGUCCAACUUCUCUAGUUCAGACGCUGUGGGGGGAGGAGCAGUGACCUCACACCUCUGUGGUCCAGACGCUGUGGGGUGAGCAAUGACCUCACACCUCUGUGGACCAGACGCUGUGGGGUGACCAGUGACCUCACACCUCUGUGGUCCAGACGCUGUGGGGUGAGCAGUGACCUCACACCUCUGUGGACCAGACGCUGUGGGGUGACCAGUGACCUCACACCUCUGUGGACCAGACGCUGUGGGGUGAGCAGUGACCUCACACCUCAGUGGACCAGACGCUGUGGGGUGAGCAGUGACCUCACAUCUCUGUGGACCAAACGCUGUGGGGUGAGCAGUGACCUCACACCUCUGUGGUCCAGAUGCUGUGGGGUUGACCUGUCACCUCACACCUCUGUGGACCAGACGCUGUGGGGUGGACCUGUCACCUCACACCUCUGUGGUCCAGACGCUGUGGGGUGACCAGUGACCUCACACCUCUGUGGACCAGACGCUGUGGGGUGAGCAGCGACCUCACACCUCUGUGGUCCAGACGGUGUGGGGUGGACCUGUCACCUCACACUUGGCAUUGAUCGUAAUCAAACUAACUUAUUUAUGCAUUAAUUAAGGUGCAGCAUGCCUGACUGUGAUGACCUCAGGGCCAGUACACCUAUACGGAGUGACUUGUUAGUGUCCUUAACAUUGUCAGUUCUCGUAAUCAAUACGUAAUCACGAUAAGCCGAUUUUCUUGCCAUCUAAUCUUGGUAAUAAAACAUUAACUUAAUUAUCCCCUAACUUUAAGAUUAAUGUACUCUAUACAUAAUAUUGUGUGCGCUUAAAACAUUCUUUAAUAUGGUAAAUUCAUUGAAGAAUGAUGAUAUUACAGUAAUAAUUAAGUUAAUACAAGUUUUAAUAGUAAAAAUAUUUUUAUUCGUGAAGAUUUUUAGUUCACUAUUAUUUUUACUUGGCAUUGUUAUUUAUAAAGAUUAUAUGGCUGGAAAUUCCACCCUGUCAUACCAUAGUUGUGUAUCUCCGUACUUAUCUAUAAGAUUCAAAACCCGUCUUUGUCUUCUUAUUGUACAAGGCCCAAUUUUAUGUACAAUAGCUUCACCCUAAUGUCCCUAUUACUUCGUCACUGUAUAUAUGCAAUGUUGAUGGGAUCGUACGCUCUGGCGAUUCAUCAAUGAAAUUGGCAUUACUCCGUCGUAUGUUCGAGCCUCUUUAAUGACCCUAUGUGUGUAAAGUGUUGCAUUUACGUUAGUGUGAAUUUCAUUUAAUCUUUAUGUAAAUAUUUACACUUUCCUAUUUAUUUAUUUAUUUAUUUAUAAUUAUUUAUUGACUACCUCUUUAUUAAUUUGUAUAGUGAAUGUAGUGCGUCUGGAUUUUUUGUACUGCUGAAGUACAGGAUAAAAAAUGUACUUUGAUAGAUUGUUGAGUGUGUGGUGUUCAGAUAGACUGUGCAGUGUGAGAUGUUUGGAUAGACUGUGCAGUGUGAGAUGUUUGGAUAGACUCUGCAGUGUGAGAUGUUUGGAUAGACUCUGCAGUGUGAGAUGUUUGGAUAGACUGUGCAGUGUGAGAUGUUUGGAUAGCAACUCAUCUUCAGGCUUCGUCUUCCCAGCCGUCAAAGGCAUAUUCAUCAAUCAUUCAUCAAUCUUAGUGUACUGUAUAUCAAGACUCUGUAAUUUCUCAAAUGUUAAGUAAUUGUAUAUUAGAAUGUAUUGUAUAGUUAGACAUAGGUUAGGUUAGGUGUUUGUAGUACGUGGGUGAAGCCUUUGCAGAGCUGCGAUUCGAACAGAAGAAGUGAACGAAGCACUGUUCGAGAAAUACUCGAACGUCAGAAGUUGUGAGUUGAGUUAAAGUGCUAAUUACUCAUAAACACGACUUUGGCGGCUGGGUUAAUUAAUGAGCAUUUGGUCAUUGUUUGUAAGGUCGGGCUGUGAAAUGACUACGUAGUGUGACGUGUUCGGAUUGACUGUAAGGCGUUCGAAAAGUUGUCUUUGAAUUGACCUCGGAUAUGACCCCUGAUAGUUAUUAUUUUCGUGUCUCAAUGCAAGUUGUGAGAAUCAUACAACAGGUCUAUAUAAGAAGCGUUUAUUCCCCAUCCAUAUUUUUGCUUCAUGUUCUCAGUAGAUAUCUUUUGGCACUAAACAUAUAUGUAAAAUUCUCUGUAAAGAUGAGACUGUAAACAAUAUUAAAUAUUUAUGUGAUAAAUGUAAAUGAAUUUAAAAAUAAAUCGAACUUGAGAGUCUCGUAAGUGUUAGUAAAUUCUGUAGCUAAUGUCGUGAGUCUGCUGCAUUAUGUGUCAGCCUUGAGCUGGAUGUGGGCUUUUUAUUUAUUUAAGUGUGUAAUAAGUUAAUAAGUUAUUGAAUAAAAGAAAUAUCACCUGU